CUUGGACGACAACACAACAGCCCUCUCAAGAGCUUGGUGACUCUUUCAUUUCAGGAUCCAUGAGAAGUGUCCAACAGCAGCAGAGCUGACGGAGUCAUGGAGGAAGAAGAGAACACGGCCUCUGCAUCAAACAAAGGCUAUUUCCGAGAUCAGCUGUCUAGGGUUCGUCCUGAGCUCAUCAAGAGAAUAACGGCAGCUGUUCUCAAAGGUCUCUUGGAUAAACUUCAAGCCCACAGCCCUCCUGUGAUAAAUAAUGAAGAGGCAAAGGAGAUCUUGCAGAGAUCCAGUGUGGAGCAGGACCAAGUCAGGUCCCUGGUUGAUGUGGUGGAUAAGAAGGGAGACAAAGCAUGUGAAAUUUUGAUGUCAUACCUUAAAGAACUGGACAACUACCUCUACCAAGACCUUGACUUAGUUCCACCCACUGACAAAGGACGAGAUGUGAUGGAGAUGUCUUCACUGAAACAAACUGUUCAGUCCAUCUUCAUUGAGAAGUUUGGUUUCAUAGCUCAAGAUAUGGAAACAGGGAAGAAACAAAAAUUGCAGGACAUCUUUACCGACAUUUGUAUCAUAGAAGGUCCCAGAGGCGUCAAUGAUGAACAUGAAUUGUCUGCAAUGGAUGCAAGACUGGAUGAGACUAGGACCACCUCUGCGAUCAUCAAGACAGUGAAGUUGUCUGACAUAUUUUCUGACCACUAUGUCACAGGAAAACCUGUCAGAAAGGUCUUGACCCUGGGAAUAGCAGGAGGAGGGAAAACAUUUGCCGUGCAAAAGUUUGUCUUGGACUGGGCAGAAGGAACUCAAAAUCAAAAUAUACACCUGGUUUUUGUGCUUCCAUUUAGGGAGUUGAACAUGCACACUGACAAAGAUUACAGCCUUUUUGGGCUUCUACAGAAAUUUUACCCUGAUUGUGAAGAGCUGACCAAAGCCUUUGCAAACAAAAAGAAUUUAGUUCUUUUUGUUUUGGAUGGUCUGGACGAGAGCAGGAUGGAACUCUUCAAAAUGUCCAUCAGUGACCCAACAAAAGAAACAUCAAUUGCAGAGCUUAUCACAAGUCUGAUCACAGGUGACCUGCUAUCAUCUGCACUUAUCUGGUUGUUGGAACGACCAGAAAUCAAGCACCCCCUGGAUGGAAUUCUACCACAUCUGUCAGAGGAUGUCAAGGAAAUGAGCAUCACAAAAACAGUUGAUUACAUCAAGAGGCAGAUCAACAAGUCAAACUCAUCAGAACGGAUCAUCAACCUAUUCCAUUGCUUGAAUGAGCUUGGGGACAACUCGAUGAUUGAAGCGAUUGACAGUACAGACGACUGUGGACAAGUCAGACUGAAUCCAGGUCUACGUAAAUAUGCCUGUGAUGUCACACUGGACCCAGGCACAGCAAGCAGAUAUCUCUCUCUUUCUGAGGGGAACAGGAAGGUGACAAAUGAGGGUAAGGAUCAGCGGUAUCCUGACCACGAAGACAGAUUUGAAAUCUGGCAUCAGGUGUUGUGUAGAGAGGGUCUGUCUGGACGCUGCUACUGGGAGGCUGAGUGGAGUGGGGAUGAUGGGGCUGGUAUAGCUGUGGCCUAUAAAAGCAUCCAGAGGAAAGGGGAUGGUGAUAAUGUCAUAAUGGGAUGGAAUGCCAAGUCCUGGUCACUCUCCUGCUCUACUGGCAGUUGCGCUGUCUACCACAAUAAUAAACGCACUGCCAUACCUGCCACCUCUUCCCGCUCCAGAAGAGUAGGAGUGUACCUGGACUGGCUGGCCGGCACUCUGUCCUUUUACAGCGUCUCCUCUGGCACACUCACACACCUGCACACGUUCCACUGCACCUUCACUGAGCCCCUCUAUCCUGGGUUUACAGUUUGGGGGGGCUCCUCAGUGUCCCUGUGCCAGAUCACAUGACC